CAUUAAACUUUAUUUUUUUUAACACAGCAAGAAAGUACUGGGAAGAAGCUGGAGUGAGUCACAAGAUCCAGCUACACAUCGCUGCUGCUGCUGACACACUCCAGAGAUUCAUAGAUGAGGGUCAGGCUGGCACCUUUGACUACGUCUUCAUCGAUGCUGACAAAGUCAACUACGACCGCUAUUUUGAGCAGUGCCUCGUGCUGGUGCGCUCGGGAGGUAUCGUAUCCUUCGACAACACACUGAGGUCUGGUAAAGUGCUUGAUCCUGAGGACCAGACGCAUGACACUCUGGCAAUCAGGAAUCUCAAUGUGAAACUCAGAGAUGACAACCGCAUCAACAUCUCCUUCCUCAACAUUGGCGAUGGCUUCACCUUGUGCUUUAAAAAGUAAGGCCUGCAGUCACCAACAGUCUGAUUGUGCAGAAACCAGGAAGGUACAUCUGACCUCAACCCUUCUCUGUGUUGAACACUCCUCACAGCUUUAGUGUUUCAUGAAAUUCUGUACAGUCCAUAACAUGUGAUGACACCAUGAGCUACACAAAUGAUUAUAUCAUUAAUGUAUUGUUAUAUCAAAUCCUUACUAGUAGCCUUCAGGUCUUUUGACCAUUUCAAACCUGAAUAAUAGGAUAGUUUCUAGUUUGGAAACUGUCAUAAGAUCCAUAUCAAGUAAAUAUCUAGAUAAUGAGGUGAUGAGGAAGGGAAAAAAAUUUUUUAUUAACACAUCAGCCAUGUCCACCUAGGCAGGGUGACCCUAAAAACAAGAAACACUUUCAUCGUCAUUCACUCCAUCACUGUCUUGCCAGAGGUGUGCCUACACUACAGUUAAAAGACUGCAAUAUAUCUCCACACCUCCUGGGUAUAUACACUGUAAACAAACCAUACCACAGUUGGGGUUUGAACCCACAGUCAUAGAGUCUCAAAACUCCAGACCGUCACGUUAGCCACUGGGCUAGCUAGCUUCAUAAGAUUCAUCCAACUAGGUGUAUUUCUAUACCAUAGGAAGGUUAGCAUAGGCACCACUGU